GUUACUUGAAUGCAGCACAAGCUAGAGGUUUACGUGCCUCGUGCGUCUGACGUCAGUCCCCUUAGUAACCCUCGGCAGCGUCUCCAGGAGAGAAAGCGACAAGAUGGGAUUACUAUCCAUCCUUCGUAAGCUAAAAAGCACACCAGACCAGGAGGUUAGGAUACUGCUGCUGGGUCUGGACAACGGUGGGAAGACUACGCUGCUCAAGCAGCUGGCAUCUGAGGACAUCAGUCACAUCACCCCCACACAGGGAUUCAACAUCAAGAGCGUUCAGUCUCAGGGGUUUAAAUUAAAUGUUUGGGACAUUGGAGGCCAGAGGAAGAUCCGGCCAUAUUGGAGAAACUACUUCGAGAACACUGACGUGCUGAUUUAUGUCAUUGACAGUGCAGACAGAAAGAGGUUUGAGGAAACGGGUCAGGAGCUGGCCGAGCUGCUGGAUGAGGAGAAGCUGAGUGGAGUUCCUGUGCUGAUCUUCGCCAACAAGCAGGACCUUCUGACAGCAGCUCCAGCCUCUGAGAUCGCAGAGGGACUCAACCUGCACACCAUCCGAGACCGCAUGUGGCAGAUCCAGUCCUGCUCCGCCCUCACUGGGGAGGGGAUUCAGGAAGGCAUGAAUUGGGUCUGCAAGAGCGUCAACUCCAAAAAGAAAUAGCUUUGCCUGUAGUCUUUUACUGCUCAGGAGGAGCACGAGCAGCAGCAUACACACACUGACACACACCAUACCUCCUGAGCCUUAGUACGGUGGAUUUACCUAUGAAUGUACAUCCAAUGUGGACUUUUUAACCCCCUGCAAAGCCUGCAUCUGAUGUUUACUAAUCGUUGUCCUCUGUGGAGAGGAGGGCUGUUUGCCUUCAAAGGGAACCCAUACACGACCCUCUUUAGUUGUUACAGCCUCCCAUUAAAGCUCCUGUUCUUCAUCGGUUCUCCACCUGAUCUUUAAAUGUCUUUCACCAAACCAAACCCCCACAUCCUUCCGUUUCAUUCCUAUAUGUUGAUGUAUUUUUUCUUAUCAUUCUACAAUGGCUGUAAGCGCUUCUUCUUUUUUUUUUUUUUUUGCUAAGGCUCUGUUUGAAGUGAGCUAUAUUUUUGUAACCGCUUUAUUUAUGGUGAAGUAGAGUCCAGCAGCUGCUCGUGUGCUGUGCGUGUGAGAAUCAGUCUAAAUCUCCCCGCUACGUUACAAAACUCUAAGUGUUAAUAUGUAUAAAAAUAACAAAAUAUCCAAACACUACUUUUUUUUUUUUUAUUAACUGUAAAUAGCACGGCCCAGUGUUCAUAUGUUACAUCUUUAGUGUAUUUGUCCCCCCCUGCUGUACUUUAUGGUGAAUAUUGUUUGCAUAUCUGAUGUGUUUUGGCAGAUUGUUAACAGAGGUACUGUAUGGUUCAGUGCAUUUCUAUGGGAUUUACUGUCAGCUUUUCCUUUUGAUAUUUCUGAAUGUAAUCUGGCCAGAAUUUCAGAAGAUGUAUGCGAAUAAAUACAAUCUUUUAAGUCGAA